AUGCCUCCACGUGAUCAAAUAGCUCGUGUUACCAAAAUGCUUGGAGAUGAAUUUGGAACUGCAUCUAACAUCAAAAGCAGAGUGAAUCGUCAGUCUGUUUUGGGUGCAAUUACGUCUGCUCAACAGAGACUGAAAUUAUACAAUAAAGUGCCCCCAAAUGGACUUGUGCUUUACACUGGAACCAUUGUUACUGAAGACGGAAAGGAAAAGAAAGUCACAAUUGACUUUGAGCCGUUUAGGCCUAUCAACGCUUCACUCUACCUCUGUGACAACAAGUUCCAUACCGAAGCGCUGAAUGAACUUUUAGAGUCUGAUGACAAGUUUGGCUUUAUUGUUAUGGAUGGGAACGGGACGCUUUUUGGGACAUUGAGCGGCAAUACUAGGGAGAUUCUUCAUAAGUUCACAGUGGACCUUCCUAAGAAACAUGGAAGAGGAGGACAAUCAGCUUUGCGGUUUGCUCGUCUGCGAAUGGAGAAGCGCCACAACUAUGUAAGGAAGACGGCAGAGCUUGCCACUCAAUUUUUCAUCAAUCCUCAGACCAGCCAGCCGAAUGUGUCAGGACUAAUUCUUGCUGGAUCCGCUGAUUUCAAGACUGAGCUCAGUCAGUCUGAUAUGUUUGAUCCUCGCCUUCAAGCGAAGAUUUUGAAUGUUGCAGAUGUUUCAUAUGGAGGUGAAAGUGGCUUCAACCAGGCGAUUGAACUUUCUGCUGAGAUCCUAUCCAAUGUGAAAUUUAUACAAGAGAAGAAGUUAAUAGGCAAGUACUUUGAGGAGAUUAGUCAGGAUACUGGCAAGUAUGUUUUUGGCGUUGAUGACACAUUGAAAGUUCUGGAAAUGGGCGCUGUUGAAACUCUUAUCGUGUGGGAAAAUCUGGACAUGACUAGGUAUGUUCUCAAGAAUAGCUUGACCGGUGAAGUUGUCAUAAAACACAUGAACAAGGAGCAGGAGUCCAUUCAAAGCAACUUCCGAGAUCCAGUCACGAAUGCAGAAAUGGAAACUCAGGAUAAGAGGUCACUGCUCGAAUGGUUCGCUGAAGAGUAUAAGCAAUUCGGUUGCACACUCGAAUUUGUAACGAACAAAUCACAAGAGGGAUCUCAGUUUUGCAGGGGUUUUGGAGGAAUUGGUGGAAUCCUCCGUUACCAGCUGGAUGUUCGAGCUUACGAUGAUCUUUCUGAUGAUGGAGAAAAUUACGAUGAUUCUGAAUAG